AUGGCGUCUACACCAGUAAACGGCGCCCAGGCGGUGGCCCACAAGCUGCUGAAUGAGGUUGUUCGCACGCCCGACCGACGACCGUCGCCCAUGCCUACCCAUCUGAGCGUGCCCGGCUCUGGACACUCGACACCGCGUGUCAUUCCGCAAGAAGGCACAAGCGGCUCUGGCUAUGUUGCACCCACGUUUGAGGGAAAGGAGCAGCAGAUGGAGGCUGUCAUGGACGGCAUCGAGGACAAGGGCUUCAUUCCCCCGGACUUCGUUGAGUCUGAGGUCAAGUGGUUCUACAACGAGCUCGGCAUCGACGACAUGUACUUCGCUACCGAGUCAGUCGAGGCCAUCGUCACCCACAUCCACUCGCUUUACGCCGCCAAGGUGGCUGCCUACGCCCGCGACGACAAGCGUCUCGAAAUAAGGCUCGACAAGGAGGCUGCGGACCACGCUGUGUACAUCGACACCAGCAGGCCCGGUGUCUCGGUUCUCGACGGACCGCGUUACGAGCAGCGCAUCGACACAAAGUACCUGAACAACUCGAAGGGCAAUGCGGGAUACCGCGUCGAGAGUUUCCGAUCGACGAGCCCGCUCCCUGGCAGUGACGACCAGCAGCUGCGAUGCUACUUCGUCUACCAGUGCGAGUUCGAGAACCCCAACCCGGGUGAGACCGAGACCGAUGUCGAGAAGAUCGGCGACAAGCGCUUCUUGCAAAAGGCUACCGCCAACACCAAGGCAAUCUACCAGCAGGCGCUCGAGGUCGCUGUUGAGCGAACUGGCCCGGUCAUCGAGUGGUUCGACAUUGAGGGCUCGCGGGACAAGCGUCUGGUUGUUGGUUACAAGCAGGGCUCUGCUCUCGGCAUGUUCAGCGCGCUGAGCGAUCUGUACCACUACUACGGUCUGACCACUUCGCGAAAGUACGUUGAGCAGUUCUCGAACGGGUACACAGUCAUGUCUUUGUACCUCAGUCCUCUGUCCGGCGCUGCUGGCGCCAAGCACCCUCCCAUCGAGGCCUCGAUUCACCAGAUCAUCAAGGAGAUCUCUUUGCUGUACUGUAUUCCUCAGAACAAGUUCCAGACUCUGUUCGCUACGGGCAGGCUGAGUCUGCAGGAGACCAUCUACGCGCAUUGCGUCUGGGUGUUCAUCACUCACUUCCUUAACCGUCUUGGAAACGAGUACACGGCGCUUUCAUCGAUCUUGAAUCCCGAGAACAGCGCGCACGCCGAGCUGCUUUCCAAGUUGAAGCGCAGGUUGCGUGCUGAGACCUUCACCGCAGACUACAUCCUCGAGAUCAUCAACUCGUACCCUGAUCUGGUGCACAGCCUGUACCUGUCGUUCGCCAACACCCACUACGUCCAGACACGAGGCAAAGAGGACGACUUCCUGCCCACACUGAGUUACCUGCGUCUCCAGAUUGACAAGGUGCAAACCAGUGAGGAGCUGACCGACACCAUCAACAAGGCUGUCGUCAACGAUCACCACGAAAUGGUCAUGAACUCGUUCCGGAUCUUCAACAACUCCGUCCUCAAGACCAACUUCUACACCCCCACAAAGGUUGCUGUCAGCUUUCGCUUGAACCCGAACUUCCUCCCACCUUCGGAGUACCCCCAGCCUCUGUACGGAAUGUUCCUUGUCAUUGGAUCAGAGUUCCGUGGUUUCCAUCUCCGUUUCCGUGACAUCGCUCGUGGUGGUAUUCGUAUCGUCAAGUCGAGGAGCCAAGAAGCGUACUCGAUCAACGCACGGUCGCUGUUCGAUGAGAACUACAACCUGGCAAACACCCAGCAGCGCAAGAACAAGGAUAUCCCCGAAGGUGGAUCCAAGGGUGUCGUACUGCUUGACUUCAAGCACCAGGAUAAAGCUGCUGGUGCAUUUGAGAAGUACAUUGACAGUAUUCUCGAUCUCCUGCUGCCUCCUAGCAGCCCCGGAAUCAAGGACCCCAUUGUCGAUCUGCACGGCAAGAAGGAAAUUCUUUUCAUGGGUCCUGAUGAGAACACCGCCGAUCUCGUCGACUGGGCAACCGAGCACGCUAGGGCUCGAGGUGCGCCAUGGUGGAAGUCGUUCUUUACUGGAAAGAGCCCCAAGCUGGGUGGUAUUCCCCAUGACCGCUAUGGCAUGACUACCCUGUCUGUCCGCGAGUACGUCUUGGGUAUCUACCGCAAGCUGAACCUCGACCCCAGCAAGGUCCGCAAACUGCAGACCGGUGGUCCAGACGGCGAUCUAGGCUCCAACGAGAUUCUCCUCUCGAACGAGAAGUACGUCUCCAUCGUCGACGGCUCCGGUGUGCUCGUCGACCCGAACGGCCUUGACCACGCCGAGCUGCUCCGCCUCGCCAAGAACCGACAGAUGAUCAACAACUAUGACGUUUCCAAGCUAUCGCAGCAAGGUUACCGCGUGCUCGUCGACGACACGAACGUCCGCCUCCCAUCCGGCGACCUAGUAUACAACGGCACCACCUUCCGCAACACCUUCCACCUGCGCAGCGAUAUUCAAUACGACACCUUCGUCCCCUGCGGUGGCCGUCCCGAAUCUAUCGACUUGUCAUCAGCAAACAAGCUCAUCGUCGACGGCAAAUGCAUAAUCCCCUACCUCGUCGAAGGCGCCAACCUCUUCAUCACUCAAGACGCCAAACUGCGCCUCGAGAAAGCUGGCUGCAUCCUGUACAAAGACGCCAGCGCAAACAAGGGCGGCGUAACCUCCUCGUCGCUCGAAGUCCUCGCCUCGCUCUCCUUCGAUGACGAGUCCUUUGUAAAGCACAUGUGCGUCGACGCCAACGGGGUCGCGCCGGAGUUCUACAACCGGUAUGUCGCCGGCGUGCAGAAGAUUAUCCAGAACAACGCGCGCUUGGAGUUUGAGGCGAUUUGGCGCGAACAUCAGGCCACAGGGCAGCCGCGCAGCAUCUUGUCCGAUACGCUGUCGAACGCGAUUACGAAGCUGGAUGAAGAGCUGCAGAACACCGAUUUGUGGAACAACAUUGUGUUCCGCCACUCUGUUUUGUCCGAGGCGCUGCCACCGCUGCUGUUGCAGCAGAUUGGUCUUGAGAAGAUUAUCGAGAGGGUCCCAGACAACUACCUCCGCGCCAUCUUUGGCUCGUACCUGGCCUCGCGCUUCGUGUACGAGUUCGGCGCCGGCGCGUCGCAAUUCGCAUUCUUUGAUUUCAUGAGCAAGAGGGUUGCUAAGGCGAAUGCGCAGACGAAUGGGACUGUGACUUUGUAG